AUGUUUUCCUUUGCAAUGCAGGGAGAUGUGGAAUUUGUCCGGACUGGAUACGGGAAAGAUGUGGUGAAGGUCCUCACGAUCAGAAGAGAGGGAAAGCGUCAUUACAUCAAAGAGUUUGAAGCUAACAUUCAGCUUACACUGAAGACCUUAAAGGAUUACAUGCAUGGAGACAAUUCUGAUAUUAUUCCGACUGACACGAUGAAAAAUACCAUUCACGCCUUGGCUAAGCUCAAAGGAGUUCGAACGAUUGAAGAAUUUGCCGUGGAUAUUUGUGAUCACUUCUUGACUUCUUUUCGACAUGUUAGACGGGCAAUGGUCUAUAUUCAGGAGGCACCUUGGAAGCGCCUGGAGAAAGACGGUGCAGGCCAUGCACAUGCCUUUGUUCACACCCCUGAAGCAACACGUUUUUGUGAAGUUGAACAGAUUGAAAAUGAACCCCCCGUGAUUCAUUCUGGAUUGAAAGACAUGAAAGUCUUAAAAACAACACAGUCUGGCUUUGAGGGAUUCCGAAAAGAUCGAUUCACUACGCUGCCUGAAGUGAGGGACAGAGUGUUCUCCACCGUUGUGUUUGCUAAGUGGCGUUACAGUCGGCCCAGACAUGUCAACUUUGAUGCUGCCUGGAAUAGCGUGAAGGAUGCUAUCAUUGAGACAUUCGCGGGUCCCUAUGACUCUGGAAUAUACUCUCCUUCUGUCCAGAAGUCCCUCUAUGAUGCUCAGUGCCUCUGUUUGAGCAGAGUUCCAGAGAUGGAAGAGAUUGAACUGGUCAUGCCUAAUAAACAUUACUUUACAAUUGAUAUGACGAAAUUUGGAAUUCAUGAAAAUAAUGAGGUUUUAUUGCCUUUGGAUAACCCCUCAGGAAAUAUUUCGGGCACUGUACGGAGGGGAUUCACCUCCAAACUGUAG